AUAGCAUAAUGAAAUGUGCGUUUUGUUUGUUUAGUUUUGUAGUAGCAUCCGAUCCGUGAACCUUAAACCAUAUGUUUUUGUUGCCGGUAGUAGUAUUAUGCAUUUAAAUGUCUACUACAGUUUAUUGCUCUUUACACUUGGCCUAGUUGAAACCUGUGAAAGUUAUAACAUUCUAGUAAUAUUUGGUCAUCCGGGUAAAAGUCAUUACGAUGUGUUCAAGCCCUUGUUUCAAGAGUUGGGUGAACGAGGACAUCACAUAACCAUUAUUAGUCAUGUGGCAACAAAAGGUGAUAUAAAAAAUGGUAAAGACGUGUUAUUGUCGAAUAAGGCAUUACAACACGUCUUGGACAUCAAAGAUUUUCCUGGAAACCGGCUUCAGAAGUACGCUGAAGCUCAUCUAAUUGCAUAUUUUGCAAAACAUACUUGCGAACCCAGUUUACAAAGUCAAUCUUUUCAAAAUUUUCUUAGAGAAGAUAACCAGUUCGAUGUGAUUCUGGUAGAAUUCUUUAACUCUAAUUGUCUUUACGGUCUAAUAAAUAAAUUCAGGGCUCCUUUUAUAGGGUUAAGUUCUUGUUCAAUGAUGCAGUGGCAUGCCCAGUGGUUCGGCGCUCCAGAUAAUCCAUCGUACAUUCCUUCUUUGUACAUGGCUCAUGCUGUUCCAAUGACGUUCCUGCAAAGAGUCGAAAAUACGCUAGUUUACUUAGCUCAUAAGGCAUGGUACAAGAUAUUCAUGGAAAAACCGGGAACAAAUCUUUCCAAACAAUAUACCGGAUAUGAACCCGCAGAUCCUUACAAUGCCAGUUUAUAUUUACUCAACACCCAUCAUACACUUCAUGGUGUAAGACCGCUUCCUCCGAGCAUCGUAGAAGUUGGAGGCAUUCACGUGUCAUCAAGAAAAAUAAAUCGGUUACCAGCUGAAAUAGAAGAAUGGAUAAACAGAUCAGAGGCGGGUCUUAUUUAUUUUAGCCUGGGAUCGUUGCUGAAAGGAUACACAUUUCCCUCGGAACAGUUGGAAGCAUUUAAUAAAGUAUUUUCCGAGCUACCUCAUCGGGUUUUGUGGAAAUGGGAAAAUGAAACGAUGACAGGGAAAGCGCAGAACGUAAUGACCAGCAAGUGGACACCUCAGUUUGAUGUUCUAUGCCAUCCAAAUACAAAACUGUUCAUAUCUCACGGUGGAUUGCUAGGAACUACAGAAGCGGUUCAUUGUGGAGUGCCAGUAUUAGUAAUGCCGCAAUUCGGAGAUCAGCCUUUAAACGCCGAAGCUAUGAAGGCUCAAGGAGCGGGUGUUUUACUUCGGUUACAAGAUGCCACUUACCAGAGUAUCAGAGAGGCUGUUAAACAAGCUCUAAGUCCUGAGACAGCAAGAAAUGCCAAAGAAUUAUCCGCCCGUUUCCGAGACCGAUUAGUUCCCCCCCUUGACACGGCGGCGUUCUGGGUGGAACACGUCGCGCGUCACCGGGGGGCGCGACAUAUGAGAUCGGCUGCCGUUGACAUGCCCCUCUAUCAGUAUCUGCUGCUGGAUGUUAUUGGCUUUUUGGGCGCCUUGCUUCUACUCUAUACCUACCUCGUUUAUCUAAUCCUGAGAUACGGUUGCCGAAGACUGUUUUCCAAGAAGAAGGAAAAGACGAACUGAAAAAAACUUAGUUUUUUGUGUUUUUUAAAUCAAUUCUAUUUAUUUCUUAGCUAUAAUUGAAAUAAACUAUAUUUUUAACU